AUUUGUGGGCUGGAGAAGGAAAAUGCCAAAUGACGUAUAUUUGGCUUUAAAAACGACACAUCUGUCACUCUUGGAUGGUUCUUCUUGGGAGAUAUCGCGAUAAACUCCGAAACUUGUUGUUCCGUUUAAUCCGAAACAUUUAUUCGAGCCCAAAUGUUGGUGUAGGGCUGUUCGUUCGGUUUCGUGACAGUUCGGUUCUGAGAUCUGACAGAACCGGAGACCGAGCGGAUCAGCGUGGACUUGAGUCAGAAACGUAAGACGUCACACCCAGAAAAGCGGGUGUCUCUCUCACAGAUAUUUUGAGCCGCUUGUUUCUCGUGUUGAAAUGUCCAAUCUUGCUAUUGUGUUUCAAUUCCUUUACAUUGCCGUAUUUAGAGUCGGAAAGGCCUUUGUUUUUAAGUAUGGUCUGAAGUAAUUACACUUCCUACCUCGUAAAUAUCGCGUCUCGAAAAAGUGAGCUCGAGCGUGUAGCGCUUUCCAACUGAGCUACUGGUAAACAUUAACUUUUAAUGCUCACCAGACCGUUCCCAAACGUCACUAUAAUUUCCCUGGUCUCAGAGAUACAACUUCUGCAACUGCAGAAGAGUCCCAGAGAGCGAUCAGGAUCUGUAAGGUGUGCAUAUGUGACCGGGUUCAGAGAUGACAUCCCCAUGGUGCGUGCUUGGAAACAAGAUCACUGCUCUUGGACGUGCCGAUCUGUCCAAACAUACACACAUGCCGCGCUCCGGCCUACUCUGUGUAGUGCUCUUCCCUGAUGGCACAACCCAAAAUUUUACUGUCAGUAAACAUGAUGCUGGUCAUCUGCUGUUCGACUUGGCUUGCGAACACCUCAACAUAGUGGAAAAACAGUACUUCAGCCUGCAGAUCAGCGAGGACACAUCCAGCUCUCCGAGGUGGCUGGACCCUAACAAGCCCUUUAAGAAACAGCUGAAGGGUUCCGCUCCGUUCUUUUUAAUAUUUAGAGUGCGGUUCUUCAUCUCUGACCCAAACUCCCUCCAGCACGAGCAGACCAGGCAUUUUUAUUUCUUGCAGAUUAAGAAGGACAUUUGUGAGGGGAGAUUAAAGUGUCCUUUAAGCUCAGCCGUGGUACUGGCUUCUUACUCUGUUCAGUCUGAGCUUGGAGACUAUGUCCCUGAAACUCCUGCCGGAUACCUCAGUCAGACCCAUUUUCUUCCUGACCAAGAUCAAGAGUUCCUUCUGAAAGUAGAGUCGCUGCAUCCACAGCACAAAGGUUUGUCUCAGAGUGAAGCUGAGCUUUGCUAUUUGAAUACAGCGAGAACAUUAGACCUGUAUGGAGUGGAGCUACAUCAUGCUCAGGAUGUGAACAAUCCCGCCCUCUGGGUGGGCAUUACGUCUGGGGGCGUGGCUUUGUUUUGCCAUUUAAUUUGCUCCAGUUUUUUCCCCUGGAUUAACAUCAUCAAAAUUUCAUUCAAAAGAAAACGGUUCUUUGUCCACCUACGCCGGAAACAUGGUGAGCUGGGUCACCAUGUGAUUUCUCUCUCCAUGCCAAGUUCACGUGCCUGUAAAAAUCUAUGGAAAUCCUGCGUGGACCACCAUACAUUCUACAACAGAAAACCCUCUCACUCGGCUUCAAAACUUAGCUCUAUCCCACUGUACCGAAAGCUGAUUGGUGAGAAAAUGUUGAACCCUGUGGUGAGGUCCAACUCAGUGGAACAACUAGAGACAAAGAGUCUACCCUCACGGUCACCACCCAACACGCCCAACUGGCGGAGUCCUCGUUUACGUCAUGACUUCCGUAAGCCACGCCCAUCAUCUGUGGACAACCUGACCGAUGAAAUGAACUAUGUGACUGAGAGUGAAGAUGUGUUCUAUACUUACAGGAAACCUCAGGAGGAGGGGCGGACGAGUGGUAGUUGGUCUCAUAGUGAUAUCGUCACCGAAGAGGAUGAUUUGCACAUCUGGGAUAAGAGUGUGACCGCUGAUGGAGAUCUGCUACUUGUGAGGAUCAGCCCAGACCAAGAUGGGAAGUUUGGCUUCAAUGUUAAAGGAGGCGUGGAUCAGAAGAUGCCCCUGGCCAUCUCUCAUGUUAACCCUGCAUCUCCGGCCAGUCACUGUGUGCCUCCGCUGAUGGAGGGCGAUCAGGUGCUGUUGAUAAAUGGGCGGGACAUUUCAGAACACACACAUCAGCAGGUAGUCAUGUUCAUCAAAGCAAGCCGAGAGUCACACAGCAAGGAACUUGCAUUGCUUGUGCGCCGCAAAGGUGUCUCUUUGCGAGUCGAACCCACACUACAGUUAGGUGAGGGUCUCGCCCUUCCGGGUGAAAUAUCCCCACUGUCCGCUCAGCCAUCUGGAGAGACACUAGAGGAGUCCAUGACCCGUCUGGAGAGGGGAUUGGUCACCGGCACAUUGCUUCUGCACUUUGAGAAGUUGUACAGGAAGAAAGAAGGCAUGUCAAUGUGUUGCGCAAAACAGUCUGAGAAUAUGGACAAGAAUCGGUACAAAGAUGUAUUACCAUAUGACAUCACCAGAGUGGUGCUGCAGGAAGAGGGAGAUGAUUACAUCAACGCCAGUCACGUGAAGACUGAGCCAACAGGUUGUGCUUUACAGUACAUAGCAGCUCAGGGUCCACUGCCACACACCUGUACACACUUCUGGAGGAGCGUGUGGGAGCAGAAUGUCAGUGUCAUUGUCAUGCUCACCACACUGACCGAGAGAGGACGGACCAAGUGCCACCAAUACUGGCCACAUCCUCCUGAAGUGAGGGAUUAUGGGUAUCUUCAGGUGUGCUGUCACUCAGAGGAGUGUAACCUGGCAUACGUCACUCGAGAACUAACACUCACAAAUACUCAGUCAGGACAGCAGCGCUCGAUCACUCAUUUGCAGUAUGUCGCCUGGCCAGAUCAUGGGGUACCAGAAGAUUCCUCAGACUUCCUGGAUUUUGUCCAGUCAAUGAGAAGUAUGAGAGAGGAGUCUGUGCCUCUCAUGGUCCACUGCAGUGCUGGCAUCGGGCGGACGGGUGUGUUGAUCACCAUGGAGACAGCCAUGACACUGAUGGAGAAGGAAACGCCAGUGUAUCCCCUAGAGAUCAUUACCUUGAUGAGAGAACAGAGGGCCAUGCUGGUUCAGACAUCGUGCCAGUUCACCUUUGUGUGUGAGGCCAUUCUGAGGGUGUACAGAGAGAGAAUGAAAAAGAGCUCAACACCUAACAGUUGAUAAGAAGAGAGGGACAGGAGGGGAGUGUUCGUAAGCACACAAGUGAAGGAAGAAGCUGUGAUCCAACAGUCAAUAACGACGGAUGAAAAAGGGGCAGGGAGUAGAGGGUCUGGAUAAAGAUGAAUGGACAAUCUCUUCUCUUGCUGUGGCUCUCCUGACAGCUGUGCGGAUCAAGGAAGAACAUAAAGCAUUUUCACACAUAUAAGCUUAUAGGGCCCUACAGCACACAUACUCUCUUUCUCUGUCCCCCACACACACACACACACACAUACCCCAAGAGCUAUAUUCAGGUAAAUCUCACAAAAUCUGUCAAGAAAUGUUCAGGUCACAUUUCACCCUAAAAUUAAGAGGAAAAACUAUGUAACUCUCAUUGUGCAUAAAAUAAAAAUGUAAAAGUAGAUCUAAAAAUCUACUUUUAGAAUAUUUUAAGUUUUUCUCUUUUUGGAAUUAAUACAUUAUAUUCAGAGCAAUUAAGCACAUUUGACUCCCCAAUUCUCAUUACUACAUUAAUCCCUUUGAUAUUGUCUUUUUUUAUUGCAGUAUGAAUGACAGUAUUGUUAUUUACUUAAAAUCAAUCCAUUAUAAAGGCUUUAAACAAAUGCUGCCAUGAUGAAUAAAUAGCCUACUUACAAAAUGUUCAUAUCUUUUUGUUUUUCAUGUCACAAUAAUAAAAACUAGACUUUGUAAUGAGAAAUGGGGGGUGACAAGAUGAGCUUGAAAUGUUCUGAAAAUUGUGCCAAAAAAA